AUGCCACAUUUCCCAAUGAACACAGGGGCUUUUGCUGUUUCUCGCCAGAAAUUCCUUCCUGAGGGGAAGGAGGAAACUGUUGCUAAUCCGCCCAUACACCCGCCCGCAUCUGUCCAAGUCAAAAACCGACGGAAAAAAUAUCUGGAGUUGCAUCCAGAAUAUUUUUCUUCCGGGCUUGAGCUAGCUGGCACGUUAUCUCUAUUCUUCUACCGCACCCAAAUGAACGGGAGGAGGAAGGCCGCACCAAAGGCUACUCUGGGCGAGAUCCUAGCGGAAGACGAAGAUGAGAUUCCAGAAACGCGAGAAGAAGGACAAGAAAGAUGGAGAUCGGAGAUGGAACUGAGGUUCUUGAGAGGGGCGGACUCGGAUUUUGACUAUGCGGCUGUUGACGAAUGCGAUGAUUAUGACGACCUGAGCGAAGAGCAAGAGAAAUACUUUGACGAAGAAGAACCGGAAUGGCUGGUUGAAAAGGAUGAGAACGGGGAAGUGGAAUUACUUGGAGAGACCGGUAUUCAGGACUUCUAA